ACAGGGUUGAAAUAUUCAUUUCACGGAUUCUGUUCAUGUGUUCUGUUUUAAAUGUUAUUAUUUCCAUAUAACGCAUUGUGUUUACCUGGGUUACUUAUUAAGCUGUGCUCCUGUGGCCAGUCUUAGAGUUAAAGUCAGUCAAGCAUGUGAGUUACACAUGUCCAGUUUAUAUAAUUGUUCAGUCAGGCUUGACCAGUUAUUUUCCCGCCCUUUCCUUUGUCUUCUGGUCACUUCUAACUUGAACACAGAGCUGUACACGUCUACUUUUAAGAUGUACAUUUAUAGUACAGAGUUGCCAUUACUUCAAUAUAAGGUUAGUUCUAUUUCUACCUGUUUGCAUUUACUCUUUCUUGUAUUUGCAUUGAGUUGUAUUUAUGUUGUGAGUUGAUAUAACUCAUAUUUGAUAAGUAAUUAGGUUAAAUUCAGAAAAGCAGCAUUGCCAUCCUAAACGUGCUAACGAUUCCUAUAAUUCACAGUUUCCCAUACUCUUCACAUGUAUAAUCUUAUUUGCAGCAGUAGCACAGCACCCGCAGAGAAUUGUAUACGAUUGAGAGAGAGUUCCGUACACAUUCCACAAAUGUGACAUGGAAUUCGUAUAAUAAUAAAGACGAAUACAACAUAUAUUCGGGUGGUUAUUUUGAGCCGGGUACUGCCCGUUUAUAUUUGGCGCCCAACGUGUUUUGCGGACCCGAGAGGAGGAAGGCGGCCCGUGGAAAGCGGAGAAGUCGUGGAAGGGUCGUUGAGGACUGAGCGUACGUAGGAAGAGUCUUAUUGGACGGGUCGUUGAGGACGUAGCGGAAGUGGGAGUCGUUUAACCGUGUAUUUAGAACAUUUCCGAGGAUUUAUAGUGCAAUAUCGUGUACCUACCGUGUGGACAAUUGUGAAGUGGACAUCUUUAAAUAGUUAUCGUGUAUCAUAUUCAGACUUUUAAUCAUUUGUGGCCUAUAUUCAUCAUAUGUGUAUUCUUCACCUUUCUUCGUAACCGUGAGUAUAUGUAUGUGAGUGAGAGAGAGAAUAUAUUAUUUGUUUACCUAAUAUAAUUGAUUGCUCUAAUUACUUGGUGACGGUUACAUCUUUAUAAGAUCUAUUCUUCAUCCUUUAUCAACAGUUACUAAAAACAUUGAAAUGCUGCUAUUUUGAAUUUAUUCAUAAAGUGAUUAUAAAUUCAUUAAUUUUGUAACCAACUCAUUGCUAUCCCUUUAACCUCUUUAUUCUAUAAAUUCUCAUAUAAUCCCUUUCCCAGUGUCCAUACCUUUAUCCAGCCCUUUUACAUUUUGGCCUUAAUUCUAUUUAGUCCAUUGUAUUCCAUUUUAUUACUGUGUGAGUGUUUGUUUUGAUUUGCUGCAUUCCUGAGUUUAUGCAUUGCUAACAGUACAUCAGGUUACACUUGUUCACCUUGAUUAUACAUGAUUUGGUUUUGAUUGGAUAUAGAAUUCCCUAAUUUGCAUACUGAGUUUGGAUAUCAUCGCUUCCUUGGUUUUCAUUGGUUGACACAUGACUGAAUUUUUUUCACUGACAGACCAUGUGACUACUAUUUUACCUUAUAUGGAAGUUGUAGUAGAGUAGUAAUUCUCAACACAGUGUAGUAGUAUAUGUACAUGUAGGUAAGGUCUGUUUUGGACAGAUGUCUCCCGUGUGAGCUGAUAUCAGGUAAAUCUGUUUACACAUUUGUGGUCGGCUUCUUUGGUUGUUAUUUUAGUUAAUUUGAUUUGUCUCAGGGCAUUGCAUUUUUAUUUUGGCGUUUAAUAUUUCUGAAGUUAAUACUUAUAACACAGUGUAGGUUGAGUGAUUUGAAUUAAAAUACUUGGUGCAAUUUAUUCAUUUGAAUUUAAUUUGAAAUUAUUUUGAACACUUAUUUAAACUUCUUUAUUUUUUUGUGAAAUAUUUUCAUUUAUUAUUGAUACUUAGGUUUGAUUUGAAAUAUUUGGUUUUAUUUAUAUUGUAUUAUUCUAAGUUGGACUUUGAUUUUUAGGUUCUUCCUUGCAGUUUACGGAUGGAAAUACUUAGUUAAUUUCAUUUCAUAUCUUAUUUGGAAUUAUUCUUGGACAUUUUGGAUAAUUAAUUAUUUUCAUGUACAUUGCAUUCCAUUUACACAUAGUGUGUUGAAGUUCUGUUUGAUAUAGGUGAUUGAAGUUGUGCAUGUUUAGUUGUGACUUAAGUUGACGCAAUAGUGUGUUAGCUUGUUCUUGUACUUUGGAGUCUAUUUUUCAGUUCAUUCAAUUUUGGGUUUGUGCUUUUGUGACCGAAUUAGUUUGAACGUUGCUGAAAUUGUGUGAAAGUGCAUCACUGUUCAUACUUUGAAGUUUGAAUUUGAUGUUUUGUUUUAGUUGUGAUACUUGAUUGAUUGGUUCAUUGUGGGUCAAUUAAUUUACUUGUAUCUUAACUUUAUUUUUUUUUAUACUUUGUGAUAAUAUUCUUAGUCCAGGAUCCGUUUGCGCACAAGUGAUUUAUUUAUUAUUCAUUAUACUUGGUGAUUAUUGAUUGACUUUCAGACAGUGCAAAAGUGAUUUAACUGGUGUUUUCACUUAUUGAAUUUGAUUUAAAGUGGAUUCAUUUGUUUGUACUUAUACUUUGAAUUGAUUUUAUAGAAGUUCACUUUGAAUUGCAACUUAAUUAGUCUUUGAGGAUUUAUUUGGUUGAACUUAAGGUUGAGUUGAUGCAAUACUGACUUAACUUUAUUAUUUUUUUUAAUUAAUAAUUAGAAUUGGAAGGUGUUUGUUUGUUGUUUUAUUGGCAGCAACUUUGAAUUUUGGGUAGCAUUUAACUGACUUUGAACUUUAUUUGGUCUAAGCUAUAUUAUACUAUGUAUGUUGGAAGAGAUUAGUGUUUCUUUGAAACACAAUAUACUUGGAAGGGUUAUCAUUAUUUCUUCGGAAACUAUUGACUUUGAAGUUGACAUGAAUUGAUUAUUUGACAGAAUUAAUUAAUUGAUUAAUUGAUAGGUUGCAUUAAAUCACUGAUAAUUGAAAGUUGAAUUUGAAGUUAAAUGAACAUGGCAUCAAGUGAAGGGAAGAUUAUGGAGACUGUUCAAGAAGAAGGAGGUCAGGAUAUUACAGAGGAAGAUAGGAAAUUGCUUGAAGCAUUUAAGAAGCUUGAUGUUAAGCCUGAAAUUGAAAAUACAGAAGACUUAAUCAAAUUUAUGUCCACAUAUAGAUGUCGGAAAAAGGCUGAAGAUAGGUAUAGGUCAGCUGAUACUUUAAGAUAUGUUGAGGACAGAAGACACUUUGAAGACAGAAGACACUUUGAGGACAGAAGAACCUUUGAGGAAAGAAGAUAUGGGGAUGACAGAACCUUCAAUAGUAGUAGCUACCCCAGGAUAUCAACCUUUGGAGGGGUUAGUGGAAAAGGAGAAGCCAGUUGGGAGAGUUUCAAGUUUGAAGUUCAGUCUUUGAUGGCUAAUAGGAUAUUCAGAGAAGAGCAAAUAUUAUUUGGAAUAAGAAAGGCUGCCAAAGAAGAUGUGGCUGACAUAUUAAGACGACUAGGAACAAAGGUUACAGUGAGUGAAGUUAUGUGGAAGCUGGAGAGUACAUAUGGAAAUGUUGAAACGAAGGAAACUAUUCUAAGAAAGUUUUACAAUUGUUCCCAGCAACCUGCAGAGUCCAUUGCAUCAUUUUCUUCUAAGCUUGAAGACUUGUACGAUAAGGCAGUUUCUUUGGGGGGUAUUAAGAAGGAUGACAAUAUAAUUAAAGGGGUCUUAUACCAAGGAUUGAAGAAGGAACUCAGGCAGCAGGCAGCUUACAAGUUUGAAACAGAACAUGAUUAUGACGCCUUUAAAAUCUAUCUAAGAAAGAUGGAGUCUGAAGAUAGAGAGGAGAAAAGAGAGACAACAAAGCCAGCCAACCCUGCGGUAAAUACAACAGCACCAGAAUUGACUGAGGUCCUGUCACAACUCAAAAGGUUGAAUGAAAGAAUCGAUAGAUUAGAAAGAGAGAAAGUAACAGGUCAGUCAGAGAACCAGUACACACCAUUUAUCAGCAGAGGUGCUCGGCGUGGACAACACGGUUAUGAUAGACAUUUCCGGCCAGAUCAGAGGGGUUUCAGAGGAACAACAAGAAGGGAACCAUCAAGGCCACUGUCAUCAACCACGUUUAUGCCCACCUGUUACCACUGCAAUCAACGUGGACACAUUGCUAGGGAGUGCCCAAAACUAGUUUGUGCUCCAGUCGCCGGGUCGGAGAGGAGCACACCAGAGACUAAGAAAGACCCUCAACUAGUUGGAGAUGUGAAUGAAGUCAACCUGAAUAUUAACAACAAUACAACCACAGCUCUUUUGGACACUGGAUCAUGCGUAAGUAUUAUAUCUGAAACAUUCUAUAAAGAACACUUAGCUGAUACUGAAUUAGAGCCACUGACAGAAAUGAUCAACAUAGAAUGCGCUGAUGGUCAACAACUUCCAUACUUAGGAUGUAUAGAAGCUACCAUUAGUAUUGAAAAUGGAUUGGAGAAAGCAACAUCAAAGCAAUGUCUCUUUUUGAUAUCACCAGAUACGAAAUACUCUGCAAGAACUCCAAUAAUUCUAGGAACAAACAUAUUGAAAACAUUACUACAAGACUGCAAAGAUAAUUUUGGUGAACAAUUUUUACAGAAGGCUAAUUUACAUACUCCAUGGUUUUUAAGCUUUAGAUGUUUAGUAAUAAGAGAGAAAGCACUUAGAAGAAACAAGAAUUGUCUGGCUAUACUGAGAUGUGCUACUGAACAGAAGAUUACCAUAGGACCAAAUCAAACCAAACAUAUACCAGUGACAGCUUAUAGAAAACUACCAUACAGUGAAUGUAAUGCAUUGAUAUCAGGGACAGGAGAUUCAUCACUUCCUGACUUCAUUGACAUCGGACCAGCUCUCGUGAAUUAUGACUUUAAGAAGAAUGAGUAUGUAGUGGAGUUAUCUAACGUCACCUAUAAUACAGUUACAAUAGCACCCAGAGCCAUCAUUGCAGAGCUACAGCCAGUUGACAUUGAAGAUGAUACAACAAGGAGACACCUGAAGGAAGAGGAAGAUUUGAAGAGAAGACAAGAGGCAUUGAUAGAAAGCUUGGACAUCGACAAAGACAACAUUUUAACACCUGAACAAAGAGAACAAUUAAAAACACUUCUUCAAAAACACAAGGAUUUAUUUUCAACUUCUGACACAGAUAUAGGAACGUGUACGAAAACCAAACAUAGAAUAAAUCUACAUGACGAAACGCCAUUUAAAAUGAGACAUCGCAGGAUACCACCUAACAUGGUUGAAGAGGUUAGAGCACAUCUGGAACAGUUACUUUCAUGCGGUAUAAUAACACCAUCCAAAUCUCCAUGGGCAUCACCAGUAGUUCUUGUUAGGAAGAAGAAUGGAACACUCAGAAUGUGUAUAGACUUUAGAAAUCUUAAUGCCAAGACUAUUAAAGACUCCUAUGCCCUUCCCAGAAUAGAAGACGUUUUUGAUUGUUUACAGGGGGCGAUGUAUUUUUCUACGUUGGAUAUGAAAUCAGGUUAUCAUCAAAUUGAAAUUGAGGAGGAGCAUAAGGAAAGAACAGCCUUUACAGUAGGAGCACUAGGGUUUUACCAUUUCCGAAAAAUGCCAUUCGGAUUGACAAAUGCCCCAGCAACAUUUCAAAGAAAUUCAGAGGAAAUGCUAGGAGAUUUGAAUAUGAAGAUCUGCGUUAUUUAUUUGGACGACCUUAUCAUCUUUAGUAAAACUUUUGAGGAACACCUACAUAACAUAAACACCAUUUUUGACAGAUUAAGGGAAUUUGGUUUGAAACUAGCUCCUGAAAAAUGUGAAUUCUUCAGAGAAAAGAUAGCUUUCCUAGGACACAUUGUGAGUAGUAAAGGAAUUGAAACUGACCCAAGUAAGAUAGACAAGAUCAGAAACUGGCCAUCACCAAGCACACCAGAAGAAUUGAGAAGUUUUUUGUCAUUUGCUGGAUAUUACAGAAGAUUUAUUCAAGACUUUAGCAAAAUUACGAGACCGUUGAAUGAUCUGUUACCACCAACCAAAGCAAAGAAGGGACAGAAGAAACCACUGAAGGAAUGGAAAUGGACAGACACUGAAGAAGAUAUAUUUACUAAUCUGAAAGAAUUUCUGUCUACACCUCCAGUUCUGGCAUAUCCAGAUUUCAACUUACCGUUUGAAGUACACACGGAUGCAUCAGGUAAGGGUUUAGGAGCUGUGCUAUAUCAACAACAUCACGACAACACCAAACACGUCAUAGCAUAUGCAAGCAGGUCACUCAGUAAAUCAGAAUCAAACUACGCAGCUUUCAAAUUAGAAUUUUUGGCAUUAAAAUGGGCAGUCACCGAAAAGUUUUCAGAUUACUUAACCAACACUCACUUUACAUUACUCACAGAUAACAAUCCACUCACUUACAUUCUCACUACAGCGAAAUUAGACGCAACAGGGCAAAGAUGGGCAUCAGAUUUGGGCAAUUACAACUUUGACAUCAUAUACAGGGCAGGCAGAAACAGCACAGAUGCAGAUGCACUCAGCAGAUAUCCUCACCACAAAAUCAUAGACCAACAACAACAUGAAAACAUCAAAAUAGACAACAGCACAGUGAAAACAAUUUGCAAGUACAUAACACCAGCACUCAUUGACACACUACCAGCAUUGUCACUCAACAUCAUAGAAGCUACAGAAACACCAAUGUCAGAAUCAGGUAAGGAGAAAACUCUGCACAGGAAUCAUCUGCGCCUGUUGGUUAAUCAGGAUGAAGCAGAAGAGUUCCGGGAUAAUCAGGAGACUACUUCAGGUAACAGCAUACCUGUAGACGUAGCAGAAGAAGAAGUAGAAGAAUUAUCAGACAAGAAGACCAUGGAUGCAUCCAAAGAAGUAGAAAAGAUGGAAGACGAUGAUGAGGAUGAGUCUGAUGCAGGAGAUCUUGUAUAUUUUUCAAGAGGUGGGGACGCCCAUAUCCUAGCUGACAACAUAGAUAUGUCUAGAGAAGAAUCAAGGACGGAAAACAUAGAUAUGUCUACAGAAGAAUCGAGGAUAGAAGACAGAGAUGAUAUUUCUAGUGAAGUUCCCGGAGAACAAAGAAACGAAGAUAGGGAAGAAUUAAUACAAGCAGAGGAUAGAGUAGAUGACGUUGUUGAAGAUGUUCCUGAAUCUACAGCAGGGAAUGAAGAAGAGAACAACGAAGAAGAGAUGCCUGAAAACGUACCUCAUCAAGUAGAUUUGUCGCAAGAAGCUGACAUUACUGAAGAACCAGACAUUACUGAAUACCCUAUACAAGAUCAAGAUAAUAAUAAUCAAGAAGAAAUUGAAGUCCCUAUAGAAAUGGAUGAAGCACAACCGAUAAGGACAGAGACAUCUACAUCGGAUACUAGAGCUCCAACACCAAAACCAAGACAAUCUGUCAGAGAGAGACGACCUCCAGAUCGGUAUAAGGAUUACCAGAUGAAUGCUUGUGUGGUACCAAGACCACAAGAUGCCAGGUUUGAGGCAUUAAAUAAAUUGAUUGCCUCAGGUGUUUUAAAUCAAUUAGACAGUAAGACAGCUGGACGUAUGGUUUCUAGUAUUUUUCAAUGA